AGAAAAGGAUGGUUUAACCUUUUAUUUUGAAAUUCCAUACCGGAUGCGUUUGUCUUACUUUACAUACUUGACAUCGACUGUUCUAUCCACGCUGCAGAACAGCAACAACAGAUAGGGUUGCGCUCUCUGAAUGUCUGACCUGAAGAUGCCAGCCUCAACACAUGGAGUUGGAGUCUUCCUGGAGCUGAGGAAGAGGCUUCAGAGUGGACUACUUAUCAUAGGAAAAGAUGUCGCAAAAAGCUCCGCAGAUGUGGUCGUGACCGGUGGAGAUUCUAUUCUCCACAUCCAGACUCCCAGGGGCGAGCUGAGCUUGAAAUUGCCGGCAGGAGUCACCUUCCAGCAGGGAUCCUGCAUUCCCACACCCGCGGGAGAGUCCUGUGGAGAGGAGCUGCAUAUCAGGCUGCGAAUAAGUGUCGGAGGAAGCACAGAUGAAGACGUCUCCGACAGCGUGAUCGAGACACUCCGGGCGAAAGAGACUUAUUGUUUCUGCUGCCAAAACUGCAUGACCCGUCUGCUGGAGGACAGAGCGUUCAAGCGAGUUCUUCCUCUGCCUAAUGGCAACUGGAACGCCAUCGUAGACGACUGGUGCUGCCAUCCAGAUCCAUUCACCAAGAAGCUGCUGCCCCGAGCGGAGGAUUGUUUACUGGGUGAUACUUUCCUCCUCGUGGCCAGAGACAGUGGCUGUGAGCUGACUCUCAGUGAGGAAGUGAGUCCUGUUGGCUCAGGGGACAUUCAGGAUCCAAAGAAACCCUGCCGUCGCCUGGCACUCGUUUCCUGCAAGAGCUGCUCAUCAGUGCUGGGAGAGGCUGUCGCCCCAGGGACCUUGAAACUGUACAUCACACAGGUGGUGGUGGAGCCCGCUGUCGGAGACAGGGAGCCAGAAGCUUCACUGAACAGAUCCCUCUACUUGGAGAAGACUGUAGCAGCCAGGAUAUUUGGUCUGUCCAAGACAAUGAGCACCUUCCACUUCUCUGUCCAGACUCCUGAUGGUAAAGCCUUCUUAUUGCUCUGGCUCCUGAACGGUGACUCCAUCACAGCAUCAGUCGCAGAGAGGUGUGUCGGGGGUGAGAACUCUAUCAGCUCCCCGGCUCUUCACAGUCCAUCACCCAGAGCUGCCAGAGCCCUGAAACUCCUCUACACUGCCUGCUCUGACACAGGCCCCGAGCAGAGAGACAUCGUAACUAGCUGGGAGGUCAAUGCCGUAGGACAUUCUGUGGUGCUGCCGCUGUCUGUAUGUGAGGAGCUGCAGCAAGUGAUAGAUGACAGCAACUCUACACUUCCUGCCUCGAUGCGUCGCAUGAGGUCUUAUAAGGUGGCGUACCUGCGUCUGUGAGGUCAUAACUUGGAUGUCAGGAGGUGAAGACUCCACCCAUCACUCUGGUAGAAAACUGAACCUUGAACAGCUGGAAGAGGAACUUCAGCGAGCUUGGACAAGAUUUUUGCGUUUGUUGAUUUACAGAUUACAAAGACUUCCAGUCAGAAUGAGGAUGGAAAUAAUGGCAGAGCGUGGAAUGACUUGUUUAGUCUAGUCAAGCUGUGGUUUCCCGUGGUUACCGCAGUCAUCACUUGUAAACAUCUGUCAUGCUGAAACAGGUUGCUGCCAGUCUCCUGAAUGCUACUGCAUAUCCAGUAAACACACAUCUGGAAAAGAACCACAACGUCAAAAGUGUCCUGUGUAAUAUAAAUAAUGACAUCUUGUCACAGAUGUUUAUCAUCUUUAAUUAUCUUCAAAUGUGCUCCAUAGUUGAAAAACCUGUGUAUUGUUUCUUUGUCUCCCUGACUUUGUUUUCCUCCCAUUCUUGACAAAAACAGAUUAAACGGUUGUAUUUUUGGAGGUAUCACUCUCA